AUGAUGAUUCGCCAGAGCAGUACGGUCUUCUUUGCUCCUAAACUUCUCCUCACAACUAUAUCUAUGCUGAUGCAGUAUAAAAUGUUUUUUGUUAUUAUUAAUAGUAUCAGAUUUGAGAAAGUGUUUAACAAGGUCAGACAUAAGAACUGGAAAAAGUUGGAGAGAUUGGUUAAGGACACUGUGGGAGUGGUUGACAAUGAAGAUAACAACAAGCUGGUAUAUAAUUAUUCUGGUGUUAGUCUACCUGACUGUGUCAUAAAUGUACUCAAGUUAUCUCCUAAAUUUGGUGUUGAGUUGGAGAGGAAAGAUAUGCCUAUUCCCACGCUCAUUAAGGACCUCGAGAUUAAGAUCCAGGGAGCGGAUUAUAGGGAAUUGGACAACAUCAAAAAUAAUGUGAGAAUGAGAGCACUGAAUUCUAUCACUAACUGCUGCAAUGGUGGUCGAUUUGAAAAGGACCAAAAAGUUCCUGGAAGAACAUGA